CACCGCCCCCGGCCGCUGCAGCGAUUCCGGGCCAGGCCCCGCAGCCCGGAGCCACCAGCGCCGCGCAGGGCAGCCGCAGCCUCGGCCGGGCCGGGCCGGGGACAUGGUGACGGGAUGGCCCAGGCCGGAGACGCCUUCCCGCUGCACCUGCUGGCCUGGCACAACCGGCACCAGGCGCUGGAGAGCGAGCUGCGCACGGGGCAGCACGAUAUCGAGUUGAUCGACCCACGGGGCCGCACGCCUCUGGAGCUGGCUGUGUCACUGGGCAACCUCGAGUCGGCCCGGGUGCUGCUGCGGCACAACGCCAACGUGGGCAGGGAGAAUGCCAAUGGCUGGACAGUCCUCCAGGAGGCCGUCAGCACCGGGGACCCUGAGAUGGUGCAGCUGGUGCUCCAGUACCGCGACUACCAGCGUGCCACCAACCGCCUGGCUGGCAUCCCCGAGCUGCUCAACAAACUGCGCAAGGCCCCUGAUUUCUACGUGGAGAUGAAGUGGGAAUUCACCAGCUGGGUGCCCCUGGUCUCCAAGGUGUGCCCGAGUGAUGUGUACCGGGUGUGGAAGCGCGGCGAGAGCCUGCGGGUCGACACCACCCUGCUGGGCUUCGAGCACAUGACCUGGCAGCGUGGGCGGCGCAGCUAUAUCUUCAAGGGGGAAGAGGAGGGUGCCGUGGUGAUGGAGGUGGAUCACGACAAGCAGGUGGUCUACACGGAGACGCUGUCGCUUGCCCUGCACGAGCCGGAGCUGAUGCUGGCUGCCAUGCAGCCCACCGAGGAGCACGUGGCCAGCCGGCUGACCUCGCCCGUUGUCUCCACUCACCUCGACACCAAGAACAUCGCCUUCGAGCGGAACAAGUCUGGGAUCUGGGGCUGGCGCUCGGAGAAGAUGGAAGUGAUCAGUGGCUAUGAAGCCAAGGUUUACAGUGCCAGCAAUGUGGAGCUCAUCACUAAAACAAGAACUGAGCACCUAUCGGACCAGGACAAGUCCCGCACCAAAGGCUCCAAGACACCCUUCCAGUCCUUCCUGGGGAUCGCCCAGCAGCAUGCCUCCCACAAUGGGGCCCCCGUGCUGCAGUCCGCCACUCUCACCAACCCCACGGCCAUCACCCCCGAGGAGUACUUUGACCCCAGCUUCAACCUGGAGGCCCGCAACAUUGGCCGCCCUAUUGAGAUGUCCAACAAGGUGCAGAGGUUCAAGGCCACGCUGUGGCUGUGCGAGGAUCACCCCCUGUCGCUGGUGGAGCAGGUGACGCCCAUCAUCGACCUCAUGGCCAUCAGCAACGCCCACUUCGCCAAGCUGCGUGAUUUCAUCACCCUCAAGCUGCCGUCCGGCUUCCCCGUCAAAAUUGUAUUCCCGUUCCCCUGCGAGGUGGACCCAGUGGUGUUCGAGGUGCCCCAGGGCUACGCUAUGCUGGGUGCUGGCCGCAAUGAGCCCAUGCGGGACGAGGAUGACGACCUGCUGCAGUUUGCCAUCCAGCAGAGCUUGCUCGACGCUGGCACCGAGACCGACCAGGUCACUAUCUGGGAGGCGCUAACCAACACGCGUCCAGGCUCCAACCCCCCUUCCUAUGACGAAGAGUUGCAGCUGGAGCGCGCCAUCCAGGAGAGCAUGUUCCUGCAGUCGGGGCAAGGCAUGGCUGCGACUGAGUCUGGUGGCGGAGGCAACGGCGACAACAGCAUCGUCCCUCCUGAUGACAGCCCGGCCCCCAGCACCAAUGGCUCCUCCUCCUCGGCCCUGCCUCCCCCGGCCUACCCCAGCUUCGACGAGCAGCUGCGCCUGGCAAUGGAGCUGUCGUCGCGGGAGCAGGAGGAGCAGGAGCGCCGGCGGCGUGAGGAGGAUGAGGAGCUGCAGCGCAUCCUCCAGCUGUCUCUGACGGAGAAGUAAUGCCCAGCCUACCAGCCGGGGGCCCUGAACCCAGCCUCCCCCAAGACUCCCAGGGGCUCCCCAGUGCCCUGGCUUUGCUGUUGUAUUUUUAACCUUGAGGGGUUACCCGUCCCAUUCCCCACCCCCUGUCUUGCAGGGGGCAGGACUGGACUUGACGAGACACCCUCUGCCUUUCCCAGGGCUCUCAGUUCCGCUGCCUCUUGGGUCUUAUUUAAUUUAACUUUUUUUUUUUUAAUGGGUUAUUCUAUUCCCCCUGCCUGGUGGAGGAAAGUUUUGUAUGGCUAGCAGGAAACAGAAGAAUGAGGGAACGGAGGAGAGGAGCAGCAACAGAGUGGCAGAGGCUAAGGAGAACCCGCUGCUGUAGAGAAAGCAGUUUCCAACUGGACUCUUAAUUCAUGUUGGUGGAGGUAGUGAGAUUCUGAAACUGGGCAUAAAAUAUAUAAUACACAAACACACAUGCUGACUGUGUCCUGUCAGCCCAUGUGGGCAAUAGGGGUGAGGGCAAUGAAGGGGGUGGGGCUAGAGGUGAUGGGGCAGGGCCAGAAACCUGAUGACUAGGGUGGUGAUGCUACAUUGGUGGGAGCAGUGGAAUGUGGCACUCAAAUAGAAGCAGGGCCAAUAAUUUUCAGUCCUAUGUUUCGCCUCCCGAACCCCCUGUGCGUAGCUGCCAUGUCCUCUCCUGCCUGUUUAAUUUAUUUUAUUUAUAUCUCUGCAGCUCUAGAAUGGGGAGGGUGAAAGGUGGGUUUUGGUUUUUUAACUCAACUCCAAAGGUUGGAAAGGGAUCAGCUGCAUGGAGCAGCUCCUCCUGGCACCCGCAGGGGCCAGGUGCGAGCCUCUGUGCAGCAGGAACCAUGAAAUAAAAAGGAGAAACCAACCAA